CGUGAAUUGGUCAACAUCUCUACCAGCGAUAUCCAAUCUUUGUUUUUUCUUUUGGUAGACCAUCUUUUGAAAGGAAAAAGGUUAUCUCAAUAGGAACAACGGGACAACCAACAUGAUCAAGAACAACAACAUGUUGCAGCAGUAACACCACUCUCGGGACUGUACUUGGUGAUCCGUACACCAAGGCCGACGCAGGAUGAUAAGACCAGCGAGCAAUUGCUGUGGCGUUUUCACGCUGCUCUUCGGAGUCGAGGUGAUUUGCCUGUUGAACCUCAUAUCAGCUAUUUUCGUGGUGUCCCUGGUUAGCUCAACCGAAAUCCUCACCAUAUCAGGGAUAAAGAUUCCACCAGCAACGCAGGUAUUUUUUUUUGUUUAGCCACUCUCUCAGUGGCAGCUUUUUAGGUUCGUUUUUCCCUCUUGUGAAGUUGUGUUUUAGAACUUCUGACUCUGUGACCAUUGAAAGAAAACGAAAUACAGAAGUUUGAUGCAUACGUUUUCUUUCCUUUGAAUUUGCUCAAAAUGAGAUAAAUCAAAAUUUUAGGAUUCUAUACAUUUCAAGUUCCUCGAUUUCCUAAAUUUUAGAUUUUAUGCUAAUUUAUUCAAGUUUAAAUCCAGGAUUCAGCACGUUAAGUAGAUACUCACUUGGAUAAUUUUUCAUUCUGAAUCAUUCACUCAAACAAAUCUUUCAACAACUACUACUACUCCUACUUUCUUUGCUCUCCUUCUGCUCACUACUUUGCUCUCCUUCUGCUCUCAAGCAUCGCCCCAUCCCAUUCAGGUUCUCUACGGAGCAUGGUGUUUGAUCGGCAUUCCAUUGAUUAUCAGCGCCGGAGUCGGUGCUGUCUACCGGGUCGAGUCGCAGCUGAGAGCAUAUUUCUACUACCUCGGAGCGCAGAUGUUCCUCAUGAUGUUCUAUUUCAUUCUCAUGCUCUUCUCCGGCGACGUCUGCUCGACGGUGGUGUCAUUGGUAUACAUUUUUGAAGAUUUUUUGAACCAUGUUGUGUUUUGAUGUACUAGUCACUUGAUGGAUUGCAUCAAGAAGUUGAACGACCGAGAUGAAUUCAUUCGGUUUAAUAUUGAUGCGUGAUAUUGAAACCUCAAGAAGUCGUCAGGGAGAUCUUAGGCAGUUUGCCGAAUAGAUUCGCGUCGUCAUUGAAGCCUCAGGAACUUCUUAUAACCUGUAAUAUUCACAAAACCACGACCCACCACUUCCGCACCAACAGGACCUCCAGCGUAUGGGAUCCUCACUAGUUUGUGGUUUCACUGACGCGUUCGCAAUAUUUUGGAUGCUGAUAGAUUUGGGAGUCUUCCUCUAUCUCAUAUACAUCGUCUGGAGCGCUGCGGAGCAUAUCAGUAUGAGCUUCUUUCCCGACUUGGUGGCGUAUAAGCAGAGGCUGCAUACUCAGGUAUUGCAACAGUCAUCUCUUAUAAGCUCUGUGUCUCAUCGUGAUGUAGUGUCAACACAAUAAACUACGACUUCUUGGUACUAACUAAAACGGAGAAUUAUUUCCGUAACCUAUCACAAUCACAUUUUCCAGGUCGGCCAACCGAUCUCGCAGGCCGCUUCGAUGAAGGCACCCGCUCACUUACAGGGAGAUAUCAACAGAAGUCGACAGCAAGCAGAUGUCCUGUCAGCGCACAUGUCUGUAGAUGCGCAACGGUUAGACGCACAAGUUGCGAGGUCAUAAGACGACGCUUUAGCGGCUGUAGACGUAGACCACGCACCACAGACAUGUUAUUGGAGAAGACUGUACAACAUUGAAAAGGAGGACAUGAAUGUACCUAGUACUUUCUCUGUGCACAGCGUGUAGCAGUGAAAAGUGCCAACUCCAUUUGAUGAUAUCAUGAUGGGGCCGGAUGUAGUAGUUUAUUACAAUAUGCACAGUCUUUUUUUGUCUAAUCUCACUUUCCUACAUAUGAAAAGAACAAGAGCAAAGUCUCCACUGCUUUCUCUGCGGCAUGAGAAGCUACAAGUACAACGUCUAAACGAUUUGUUCGCUUACGACCCGCCCAGUUGAAACUGCAAAAAAAAACGCACAACCACGG